CGACGUGACGCACGAGGCCAACCUGCGCACGGGGGCUGUGCCGCAGGACCUCUCACGGCUCUCCCAUCUGGAGUUCUUCAUGGCCAAGGGCAACGGGCUGGUGGGCUUCCUGCCUGAGUCAUGGGGGUCCCUCACCAACCUCACCAUGCUGUCGCUCGAGUACAACCAGCUGGUGGGAUCCAUCCCGCGCCAGUUCUCCUCCCUCCGCUCGCUCAAGACACUCAACCUCGGCCUGAAUCAGCUCUCAGGAUCGCUGCCCGAUGUCUUCAGCCCCACCCUCGAGUCACUGCAGCUGGGCGGCAACAGGUUCCAAGGCAGCGUUCCGUCCUUCCUUGGCUCCCUCACUCUGCUCACCAACCUUGAGCUGAGGACCAACGGCUUCACGGGAGCCAUUCCCGCUCAAUUCACAGCACUUACUGGCCUCACCGAACUCUUUCUCAUGGGCAACUUCCUCUCGUCCGGCCUGGAGGUGCUCAGCCAAAUGGACUGGCUCUACAUGCUGGACCUGACCAACAACAGCUUCUCGGGCUCUCUGCCCGCGUCCUUCUCCCACCUCACCAGCCUCGAUGCCCUCAAUCUUGCAUAUAACAACUUCGAGGGAACCUUCCCGUCUGUUCUUCUGACCCUCACCCAGCUUGGGCUCAUAGACCUCUCGUACAACAACUUUGAAGGACCCCUCCCAACCGAGCUCACCUCCUUCAAAAACCUCAUAUACCUGUACAUGGAUGGCAACCACAUGGUGGGGGAGAUCCCUGCCGGCCUCUUCCUCUCGCCCAACAUCAACGACCUCUCCUUCGCGUACAACAAGCUGCAGGGCUCGCUUCCUCCACACCUCAGCACAAGCACCUCCCUUGCCAUGCUCAAGCUGGAGGGCAACAGCCUGUCAGGGCCGCUUCCAGACUUCAACGCCUGGCGCAACACCACACUCAAUGCCCUGUACCUUGGAUUCAACAACCUCACGGGUCCCAUACCUGAUUCCAUCAGCGUUCUCUCCUCCCUCUACACUCUCACGCUUCAGAGCAAUCAGCUAUCAGGCUCCAUCCCCUCUGGCUUCUCAGCACUCAGGAAGAUUAACAUGCUGUGGAUAGCAGACAACUCUCUCUCGGGCCCACUCCCCGAGUUUCUGGGUGCCCUCAACGCCACCGUGCAGCUCCUCUUGGAUGGCAAUGCGUUCGAAGGGCAGCUGCCUGCAGCCAUCUGCAACCUCACGGCAUUAGAGGCCAUUGGCUUGAGCAACAAUCAUCUCUACGGCAGCUUCCCCACCUGCCUGUUCAACUUCCCUGCCCUCAACUACGUCGACAUGAGCAACAACUCGUUCUACGGCCCCAUCAACAUGGACUUUGUCGGCAUGGUCCCCAAGCCCACCAGCGGCUACACCAAGCCAGCCGUCAUCAACCUCGCCCACAACUACUUUUACGGCGACCCCAUCGUGUACGCGGGGGGCUUUAAGGCGUGCCCCACCCCCCGCAUCACCCGAAUCAACAUGUCUGAUCUCAAUAGUUUGGGGGAUAGUGCCGGGGGUAGCAAGCGCAGCGAAUCUGACUCGGCUCUAGAGGCUGUGCAGUGCGUUGCGGCGUAUGCGACUGUGCAGGCGAGCUAUAAGGGCAAUUGUCUGUCGGUGAACUGGCAGGUUAAGUGCGCUGUGACGGAGGUGCAGAGGGGUGCAGAGGAGUGCGCGGCGUUCUGCAGUGUGACAGACCUGGGGCCGUGCAAUGGGAGGGGGGCGUGUGUGCCGCCCGAGCAGGGGACGAGUGGGGGGGCGUUCAAGUGCAGGUGUGAGGCGCCCUACGUCACUGUCACUGUUGACAACGGCUCCACAUGUGCCUUCCCCACUGAGACAACCUCGUCCUCUAUCCCCAUGAUAGCCAUCGUGGGUCUCAGUUGCCUGCUGGGCAUCGCGCUCCUGGCGUCUGUGCUCUGCCUGCUGCUGCGCCCCAAAAAGAAGAAGCGCUGGAGCGACCUGGACGUGUGUCAGCAGUUCUCCAUCGCAACAAUGAGGAAGGCCACCAACGACUGGGCAGAGGAGAAUGUGCUGGGCGAGGGGGGCUUCGCCAUCGUGUACAAGGGCGUCAACCCCGCCACGGGGCAGCCCUGGGCUGUCAAGAGAAUCACGCUCAUGUCCAACGACUUUGAAACGGAGGUGCGGGCGAUGGCGAGUCUGCAUCACGCCAACCUGGUGAGGCUACUGGGCUUCUGCCACGACAUGGACAUGGAGAGCGGCAAGCAGGAGCAGAUCCUCGUGUAUGAGUUUGUCGAGCAUGGGGACCUCUCCUUCCACCUCUUCAAGACGCAGAAGCCGCUGACGCUGAGGCAGCGGUUGAAGCUGGCGGUGGGGGCAGCGGAGGGGUUGGCAUAUCUGCACGGCUUUGAGAAUCCCAUCAUUCACCGCGACAUCAAGCCCGCCAACAUCCUCGUCGGGGAUAACCUUACUGCCAAGGUAGCGGACUUUGGGCUGCUGAGGAAGCUCAAGUUUGGGGAGGGCGAGGGGAGGGCGACCAAGGUGGCGGGCACGCCGGGGUAUGUGGACCCGGACUACAAUCGCACGGAGCUGGUUACCACCAAAAGCGACGUCUACAGCUUCGGCGUCGUGCUGCUGGAAAUGCUCAGCGGGCGCCGCGUCACUGUGGAGGGCGGCACGCACAUUGGCAAAUGGGCGACCACGCUGGUGCAGAGCUACUCGCUCGAGGAGCUCAAGGACCGUCGGAUGGACGCCUCAGAGGAUGCCGUCGUCGAACUCGCAGAUCUGGCCCUUGAUUGCAUCAAGAUGCCCGGGAUCCGACGGCCGGAAAUGAAAGACGUGGUGAGGCGGCUGGAUGCGAUGCUGACGGUUCACACGGUGGAGGAGGAAGACGAGAACGUGGUUGGGGAUCUCUUCUCAGCGUUCUCCGUUGGUUCGGCUGGCGAGGCUGGUUCGGCAGGCAUUGGCGGUUCGGCAGGCACGUUUGGUUCAACCACCACAGGUGGUUCGGCAACCACGAUUGGUUCGGCAGGCGUGCCUGUGUCUGGGUCUAAUGCUACAGGCGCGCCGAGCCAAAGGGAUGAGCGGUACAGUGAAAUCGUCGUGGAGAGGGAAGAUGAAUUCAAACGGCAUUCCGUGGAAAGUGCAUCGCAGAGCUACAUCAGCUCCCUCGGUCAAUCCGUCUCUCGCCCCGUCCUGGCCGUCUCGCUUCCCCCUCACACCCUCCCCGCAGCCACCCGUUGCUGCAGGAAUGCGCCGAGGGGUCAGAUCACCAACCGUCUGCUCUGCCUGCGCAACCACAUGCUGCUUGCAGGCCUGCUCAACCGCACCCUCUUAAUCCCUUUCCACCGCUCUGAAACCAUCCUCAACUACGACCUGCACUUAGUGCUCGACCUCGCUUAUCUCAGAUCGUGCAUCGGCCCCACCGUCUUCACCACUGCUGAGUUCAGGAGAAAAUUCAGGCGGCCUGUUCAGGUGUCUCAGGUGGUGUGUUGGCACGGCCCCCCUGGGGCAUGUGCGGAUCAGGUUGAUAACAUUCUGUUGCACUGCCCUGGUCUUGACGAGAUGAGGCGAGAUGAUGGGAGCGGGAGCGGUGGGAAUGAUGACGCUGCUGCUGCUGAUGGCGCUGCUGUUGGUGAUGGUGAUGCAGCUGGUGAUGAUGGUGAUAAUGGUGAUGAUGGUGAUAAUGGUGCUGCUGGUGGGAUGGCAAGCGAUGGUGGGAGUGGGAUGGCAGCAGGCACGCCAGGGGUUGUAUUCGACACACGAGUGCCAGUCUCCCACUCGCUCUUCCGCUCUCCUCUCGUGCAUUUGCCUCCCAACACCACCACCCACGCUGCCUGCCUGCCCAUGCUCGCCUCUCCACAGCAGGUGCUGCGUGCCUGGGGCAGCAACCCCUCCCCCGUGCUUGUGGUGGGCGACCUGCUCAACCUGCACGUCUCUCACGCACAUGAAGGGACUUUAACAGGGGGCGCCACACAUGAGCCUCCUGCACAAGUGGAGGAAAACAUGGAUGGAGAAACGCCUCAGCAGUCCCCUGCUGAUGGAACCACCACCACCAUCACAGCACAGCAGCAGCCCUUUCUCGACCUGCCUUUCCGCCGCUCCGCCGCCUGCCCCUCGCCGCUCCUCCUGCGCCCGCGCCCCGCGCUGCUGGAGAGCGCUGAGCUGCUGGUGGGGCGGCUGUUUGGGGGGCGGCCGUUCCUGGCACUACACUGGCGGCGGGGCGACUUCAAGCCCUGGUGCUUCUGGCGCGGGCCCAAACAUGCUUGCUUCUACCCCGUGCAUCAGGUGGCGCAUUGGGUGGUGGAGAGGGUGAGGGAGAGCGGCAUUCAAGAGCUGUUCCUUGCCACCAACGCCAAGCUCAAGGAGCUGCAGGAGCUCACCCGCAAUAUAGCUCGCAUCACUCCCACCAGCAUCACCUUCCACCGCCUUCCACCCCUCACCGGCACCCUGGAUAAACCCCCCGUUAUCGUCACAUACACUAAUGCCACUAACGGAUAUACAGCGCUUCAGACACGGCUUGCGCACUGCACACUGUAA